AUGAGACUCAUCCAAGCUAUCCCUGCAGCAUUGCUGCUCAAGCGUGCCAUGGCCCAAACACCCGGCCCUGGUCCGGCGUUGGUCACUCCCGUUCCCGACCCUGCUCUCAGGAACCAGAGCAACAACGCAGACCCUCCCGAGCCGGAUCCGAACGGAAUCAUCUCUUUAAUUACGGAUGACUAUCUUGUUUAUUGCCCGGAGCCUACCGAGAUCGUUCACAAGAACGUCACUUACACAGCAGAGACGGCUCCUACCUACGUAACCAUCACGAACUGCCCCUGUGAAGUUACCUAUAGCCAUCCUCAGCCCACCUAUCCCCCCAUCAUCAAGAGUUCGGUCCAGGGAAGCGAGACUCAGAUAGUCACCCAGUAUCCUCCCCCUGAGAAGCCCGUCUACCCUGCUCCCGGAAAGCCUGCGCAGCCUCCGCCUCCUCCAGCCCCUGGGAAGUCAGCUCCUCCAGUCCUGCCCGUGGUGCCGCCGCCUCCGCCUGGAAAGCCAACUCCAGUUCCAGUUCCUCCUCCUGGCAAGCCCGCUCCCCCGCCGGCUCCGGGCCAGACGGUCCCUCCAGUCGCCCCGCCGGCUCCUCCUCCCGCCGAACAACCUGCUUCUCCCGCUCCCGUUCCUCCGCCCGGACCUACAACUCAGCCUCCAGCCCCACCUGUUCGGGCCGCGGGUAGCAAGGUUGCAAGCAAGGCCUUGGGUGCUUUCGUCGUGGCUGGUGUUGCCGCCUUGGCCAUCUAA